CGGCGCGUGCGCGAGCGGUGCAGCACCGGCCGCGGGAGCAGGGAGUAUUAUGGGCUGUGGGUGCCGCUGAGCAAGAUGGAGCUGUCUGCAGUGGGCGAGCGGGUCUUCGCGGCCGAAUCCAUCAUCAAACGGCGGAUCCGAAAGGGACGCAUCGAGUACCUGGUGAAAUGGAAGGGGUGGGCCAUCAAGUACAGCACUUGGGAGCCCGAGGAGAACAUCCUGGACUCGCGGCUCAUUGCAGCCUUCGAGCAGAAGGAGAGGGAGCGUGAGCUGUAUGGGCCCAAGAAGAGGGGACCCAAACCUAAAACUUUCCUUCUGAAGGCGCGGGCCCAGGCCGAGGCCCUCCGCAUCAGCGAUGUGCACUUCUCGGUCAAACCGAGCGCCAGCGCCUCCUCGCCCAAGCUGCACUCCAGCGCGGCCGUGCACCGGCUCAAGAAGGACAUCCGCCGCUGCCACCGCAUGUCCCGCCGCCCCCUGCCCCGCCCAGACCCCCAGGGGGGCAGCCCCGGCCUGCGCCCCCCCAUCUCGCCCUUUUCGGAGACGGUGCGCAUCAUCAACCGUAAGGUGAAGCCCCGGGAGCCCAAGCGGAACCGCAUCAUCUUGAACCUGAAGGUGAUCGACAAGGGCACGGGCGGAGGGGGCGCCGGGCAGGGGACUGGGGCCCUCGCCCGCCCCAAAGUCCCCUCGCGGAACCGCGUCAUCGGCAAGAGCAAGAAGUUCAGCGAGAGCAUCCUGCGCACGCAGAUCCGCCACAUGAAGCUCGGCGCCUUCGCGCUGUACAACAAGCCGCUGCCCGGCCCUCCGCCGCCCCCGCCGGCCGGCAAGACCGACGCCGCCGCCGCCCCCAGCCCGGGGCUGCUCCUGGCGCCCCCCGCUGCCCCCUAUGACGGCCGCAGCUCCAGCUCCUCCGGCUGCCCUUCGCCGGCACCGCAGUCCUCCGACCCCGACGACGCGCCCCCCAAGCUGCUCCCCGAGACCAUGAGCCCGUCUGCCCCCGCCUGGCUCGAGCCCGAGGUGCUCGACCUGUCCGUACCCCCGGAGGCGGCAGCCACCAGCAAGCGGGCGCCUCCCGACGGCGCUGCUGCUGCCGCCCAGGCGCUUCCCGCGGCCCCCGAGCCUGUCGGCGCCUCCUCGGAGCCUGAGGCUGGGGACUGGCGCCCUGAGAUGUCACCCUGCUCCAACGUGGUCGUCACCGAUGUCACCAGCAACCUCCUGACGGUCACUAUCAAGGAAUUCUGCAACCCUGAGGAUUUCGAGAAGGUGGCUGCUGGGGUAGCAGGCGCCGCAGGGGCGGGUGGCAGCAGUGGGGUGAGCAAGUGAGGGGGCUCUACCAAGGAGGGGGGCUUGGGGGGGCCCUCCUGCCCAAAGGCAUACUCUUGCUUCCGCCCCCGCCCUCAGACACCUCUGCCUGUGCUUUGCUCGUCUCAAAUGGCUCGGUGUUGCCCCGGGGAUGGGGCUGGGCAGUUGGAGCCCCCUGCAGCCCAGUGGGAGGGGCAGUCCUGGACCGGUUUAGAGCUGGGGGAGGGGGCGAGGGCACUGGAAAGUCCUCCUUCGUGUCUCUUGGCACCCCCCCUGCCCAUGCACCGUGGGACCCGCCGGGUGGCUCCUGCGGGGUUCAGCUGCACCCUCCACAUCCCAGCCUGUCUCUCCCCAGCUUGCUUCGAGCUCGCGCACACAGCAUCUGACUUCUCGGUGCUAACCUGGCAGCUGCGGGGGGGCCCCUUCGGAGACCCCUUCCAUGCGUGGGCACCGUCCCUUUCCUUCUUCCAGAUGCCGGGGCAGGGAUGGCAAAGCCAGGACAGAGGUUGUGGUGAGGCGGGCCUUGGCCCGCUCCUUCCACAUCAGUGAAGGUGGCAGGAGCGGGGCCAGAGACAGGGUUCUUCCCGUCCUCUUUUGGACGAGAGCCAAGCAGGCCCCCUAGGCCCCACCCCACCCCAUCUCUCUCCUAAUCCCGGUCUCAAAGAUGGGAAGAGCUGGCAAGGACCUCACCCUGCCACAGCCUCCCAGCUUCUAAAGGCCCCUUCAGUUCUCAACCAAAGGUGCUACAAGAACCUGCUGUGGGAACUUCCGACUGCGCGUGCGUCUGCCCCCCGUUGGCGUGUUUGUACGUGUAUCUGUGUGUGCAUUGGGCACUGGGCCCAGGCUUUCCAGGUAGCACCCUUUAGGGUUCCUCAGAAUAGGGUCGUUGAAAGCCUGGACCUUCUCUUGCCAUCCCCUGGGCCUGGAAGCUGGCCCAGGUCUGAUAAGUUUGCUGUGGAGGCCGCCAGACCCAUCCUCCCGGCCCUGGGUGUGCUAGGGGCGCAUGCCCCCAUGCCCUUCUCCUUUGGGGUGGUCAGCCCGACCAGUAGGGCCUUCGCCGCAGACAUGGCAUGGCGGGGACUGAGGUAGAGAAGGGAGACCCCCACGCUGAGCUUCCCCUUCUUCCUGGGCGUUUGGGAGGAGGGAGGAAGCCUGGAAACUGUUCUCGAGGGUCUCCAGCAUCUCCUGCCCCCUCUCUUUUGCUUCCGACUGCUGAGGCUUUCUCACAGCCCAGCCUGCUCGAAGCGGUGGGAGGCCUCUGGUGCCCUGGGCAGCUUCUUUCCCUCUGCUGCCAGGGAGUCGAGGCGGCCAUGCCAGCGGCGGAGACCAAAGGCCUCGUUUUAGGCCGGGCACUGGGAGGGUAGGCAGCUCAAAGGGGGCGACCAAGGAGGGGGCCUGUGUUGUUCAGGAGAGCGAGGGUAUUCGGGACCAGGGGUUUGGUGUGCUGUGGGAGGCAACCCCGCUGGCCAGCCCUGGCCGCUGCCCAGUCUCAGUUUGGCAUGAGUGGCGUGUCCCUCAGCGUCACUUGAGGUAGCUUCCUGGUGUGUGCAGCGACAGGUGUCUCGGCUCAGAGCAUCGUGGCAAAAGGUAGGAGGAGGCAGAAAGCAAAUCCAAUUGGGCAACAAACACCUCUGCCCUAAGUAUGGGAGGACCCUUUCUUCCGAAUCUCCCUGCCAGGGGCUGCAGCAUGUCCCCUGUCCCUCCCCACCCCAGGAUGUAGAACAAGGGCCCUCGCAGGGUUUGGGGGGCUGGCACUCCUGGACCCCUCCCCACCCCGCCCUUUGUAUUGGCUCUGUGGCCGUCUAAGUGCCAAUUGGCUUCCCCCCAGAUAAGGGCUGGUACUUCUCCUCUUCCCUAGAGGUGAUUUCGCCCCCGACCCCUCACCCCAGGUGAGCGACCACCUGGGUGCCAGUUACAGGUGUUUCCAGAGACCAUAGAAAUGUGUUUUCCUGAGAGUCCGUGUCAUUUGUGACUUUUUUUGUAAAGAAGUUGUGUUUUCAGAGGUGAUUUUAUGACAGGAAAGUGAAAGAAUUAGUUUUGCAAAAAAAAAAAAAAAAGAGGAAAAAAAAAGUAAUAGAAAAAAAUAUUGUGGGAUUCCUGUGGGGUUGGGGGAGGGGGGGAGAAAGAGAUAUUUAAAGAAAAACUAGUAACGCAGUGAUUGCACAGGUGAGGUGGCAAUGUUAGAAAUGGAGAUGGAGACCCACGCCUGGCCGGCAGGUCCCCGGGGUCACGGCCAACUGCCCUUCCUUGGCCCGAGGAGGGUAAGCCCGCCCUCCUGUCCUGGGCCCAGGCUCCACACCUGUCCUCGCUCAAAGGGAAGGAUGACAGCUGGUCCCAAGGAAACCAGCCAGAAGCUGCAGGGGCCAGGCAGAUGGAGCUGAGAUUUGAGGAGGUGGUGGGGGGUCAGCAGGGGUGGCACUGUCGUUGGGACCCAUCGUUGGUGACUUUCUGCAGGAAGACUGGUGAGUAAGUACGAUUGGGUUUCUUGCUCUCUUCCUUUCCUUUGCCAGCUCGUUGGGCCCUCUGGUCCCCACCACCGCCACCCCAUGGGGGGCAUCUCCGUCCCCGUCACCCCCAAAGACCAUGACACUGCUGAGCCUCCCUGGCCAGGUAGGGGAUGCAGGCUUCAGGAAGGCAGGAGCUAUGGACCCUGGGAGAAUCUUAGGUGGUGACCCUAAGGGAUUGAGGGUAACUGUGGGGAGAAGGGAAUGCCUGCCCUUCUCUUUCCAGGGGCGAGUUGCUGUCCCUGACCCCCCAGUCACGCAGCCCCGCCCUGCCUGGGCACGUGCAGAGGCACACCGGUGCAGUGCACUGGGCAGGCAGCUCGCCUAGGGGCCUGAGGGCAUGGGAUCAGGAGCAAGCAGAGCCCUCCUUACCUCUCUCCCAGGGUGGCUCUGGUGGGGGCCCACAAGCCUCCCACAGGCCCUUCCUCUCCCCUUGCUGCUUCUCCGUUUGCCUAGUUACCAAGCAGAAGUUGUAGUCUGGUUUGCUUUAUUUUUAUAUGUGAAAUACCCGCAAAGUCUGAUCUCCCAUGUUCAAUAUUGUUUGGGGCAUCGGUCAUCUCCCCUUCAUGCCACCUCCUCCCCACCCUCAUGUCAUAGGAAACCGGUGAGGUCUAGUUUGAGAUGGGAAGUUGGGACCCAUCCCCAUCUCAUUCCCCUGUCUGACCCUCAGUUUGUCCUUCUGUGAAAUGGGUGCAUUGGGUGGUGAGGACUCUUCGUAAAGCACUGCUGGCGUCCAGGCAGCUGCUGAGGAUUGGGUGGUGGUCGAGGUCGCUGGUUCAGGGGCCUCCAGCCUCCCACAGCCCCCCUUCAUUCUCACCCUGCCAAAGGGUCAGGGUCGAAAUGAGCUCCAUCCUUCCUCUGCUCUGGAAAGGUGAUGAUCAAGUCCCCAACCUCAGUGUGAGGUGGGCAGAGUGGGAGGGAGCACCCCAUUUAGAAGACAAGGAAAUGGGGGCUCUGAGAGGCAAAGCUGCUUUGCUGGGGUGAGGAGCCCAGCUGCUCUGGCCUUUGGGGAAAAGAAACCCUUUAAAAGGUGGGGCCCGAGCCCUAGAGCCACCGCAAAGCUGGCAGGCUAUCCCGGAGCCAGGCAGUCCUGGGGGAGGGGUCAGCCCAGAGGAGGGGGGUCUGGGCUGUCACCAGCCUUUGCAGCCUCUGUGGGGACCGCCUUUCCCACCUCGUUGGGUUUUGUUGUGGUUUUUUUUGCACUUGGCCGGCGCCUGACAGUGGAGCCCGGCCUGGUCAGUUCCCCUUCUGGGCUCCCACGCACUAGCCCAAGGCAGCCUCCUGGGGGCUUGUAUGGUUUAAGGAAUCACUUUUAAAAAGAAAAAAAAAGGAAAGUGUUUAAAGGUUUUUGUUUUUUUUUUUUCCUAUCUGCAUCUCCUCUCAGAUUCAGAAAGCCCAGAAUUAGGGGCUAAAACUCCAGGAGAGGGUCUCCCCAGCCCAACCCCAUCUUGCUGACAGUCCCCAAGAUGCCGAAGUAGGGGGACAGGCUGGGUGGGGAUGGAGGACCCCACCUCCCAGGCCUGCAGGGUGCCCCCCGCCCCGCUUGAAGGAGUCAGCACCCCGCUCCAGCAGUGAGCGAGUGCCUACUGUACACAGAGCUUCAGCUAGGCAGAGGGGGGCUGAUGGUCUAACGGGGGCCCCCUUGCGAGAGGGCGAGGUAGAAGGAAUGACGAGUUCGGAGGUCUGCCCCUGCUGUUGGGCCGAGUGGAGAUGGAGACUUCUUUUUGUUGAUUUUAAUUUAAAAACACAAAGGCCUAAAGAAACGUAUCUUAUAAUUUUUUUAAUUUUUGAAAAGCUCAUUUAAUGAAUUGUGCACGAAUGAAUUCUAUAUAUAUAAAAUAUACAUAUAUAGCUCUAUAUUUGGGGAGGGGCGCUGUCUCUUUUUUCUCUUUCUCAUUUUAAAAAUGAAGUGGUGUUGCCUUCGUCUGUGGUUCAACCGUCCAGCUCCUAGCUGGCUAAACUUUGCCUCCAGUGGUUCAAGAUAGGAAGCUGGUGGACUCGACAGAAGACCGGAGUUGGAGGUGCUGCCCCAGCGUGGGGUGGGUCCCCCAGGCCGCCUGCCCCUCUCCCAGAGGUUGCGGGUGGAGAAGACGGCUUGUUUAGGGCGUGGGUUUUGGUUCUGUGGUUCUGGAUUCGGUUGUUUGUGGGCUGGGGGAGGGGGGGGUUGUGCCGAUUACUCUCGUCUUGUACGUUUUGUUCUGCUGCUCUUCAAUAUUGUAUCAAUGCCAGGAAGGGGGACUGAAAAGCCUUUUGCCCCCCAAAUAAAUUGUCACAUUCCGAAGCUGA